GUGGCGUUUGCUGAAUGUAAUAUCUUCGAAAUUCGUAAUACGUGCCUGAAAUAUUGAACAAUUUGUUUUUAUUUAAACCCAGAUUGUGAUCCGAGUCAGCCAUCGGUAUACCGAGAGACGAUCGUGAAGACAAAUCUGUUUAUUAGAAACAUUUGUCGAUUCUACUUCGCUUACACUGGAAGCAACAUUCCGGUGUACAUUAUUAUGCCUCCAGCGUUUACCUUCUACAAGUAUUACACGUGGAACAACUCAAGUGGACCGUACUACUUCAACUUUCCCAAUGAGCUGCCCUUCAUGAACCACUACAACGUGUUCCACUAUGUGUUUGUUCAAUCGCUGAUUGCGCCCAUUUUCUUCUGUAGUGCCAUAUUCUUAGCCACGAAAUCGAUGGUCUACUACAGUCUGAUAAAGUACGUUUCGUUAUUGUUCAAGCUGGUGAUUAAGCGCAUCCGAAUGCUGGACAGUUCCAUCUACAUUGGAGGAGGGUCACGACUGCAUCAGGCUGUAGACGACGUAAUUAGAGCCCAUUAUCUUGCGUUGAGGUGUGCCAAUUUACUGGAGAAGUUGAUCAGCCCGAUCUUAUUGGCUCAAUUCUUGGGAUGCGUUAUCGUGUGGUGUUUACUUCUUUUCUUCAUAACAUUCGGCUCAUUCGGUUUGGGGGCGAUGACAACACUUAUUCUGUGCGAAAUUGUCGCAUUUGAAAUGCUCGCAUUCUCGUUUUUCGGAACCGAAUUAACCGACAUAAGCGAAUCAUUGGCGCGCGAGAUCUACAGCUAUCGAUGGUACGAAGCCCCCAUAUCGGUGCAGAAAAAGGUGCUUCUGAUGUCCGUCCGGUCGCAGCAGAUCGUUGGGAUUACCGCCUUUCGGUUCUACUACGUGAGCAUCGAACAAUUCGGCAAGGCCGUCCAAACGACGUACUCGUUUUAUCUCGUCAUGAAGAAGAUGUUCGAGUAACAAAUGAUUCGAAUGUUCAACACCAUUGCAGGCAAACUUUGGACUGAGAAAUCUAUGCGACGCCUCAAGUGUUUGAAUGUGAAACGUGAGCAAAUAAUACUCUCAUGUGCUCUCAUGCAUCAUUCAGCUUCGGCAGAAUAAGCUCGAGAAGCACAGAAUAGAUUAGUCACUUAGAUAUUGAUUGAAUUUGCGAUCACUUGGAAACACCUUAUUAAACUACAUUUCCAGACAAAUACUUUUAUGUAAUGCAUAAAUCUGAGAGAGUUUUCACCAAUAAAUAAAAACU